UGCAGUGAUUGGAAAAUGUUGGUCUGGCUACGAGUGCUUCAUCAAAUGACAUAGGCAGAGGCAAAACAGAGCGAGUAGAGCAGGGCCGACGUUUAACUGCAUAUUUGGGAAAUGUACACCACAUUUUUGCAACUUCAAGACGAAAUAUAAAGAUAGAAAGGAGUGCUCGCCCGGAACCAAAAGGAUUGCCACAUCUGCUGAAGAAAAAGGUUUCCAUUGUGCCAUGCUGGAUUUCUGUCUCCAGCAUCUAUAUGUUCUCUAUCCCUAUGGAUCUGUAUGACCCCCAGCACCAACACUGGUCUCUACAAGCAUCCUCAACAUGCCCCUGCACCAUGGAUCCCCCAGUGAGGGUUUCGGACCGAGCGAGCUUGUGAGAAAGAAGAUUUGAGUUUUUUUUUUGUGCCAUCGUACCCAUCCUCCCUCACCCCCUCAUCUCUCCCUGCCCCGUACAUAUUCACCUGUAUCUCCACUCCCCCAACGGGGGAAACCUACUCGGCACCUCUUCGCCCUGUGCUGAACCAGGAAGGGACAGGACUAGGCCCACCCUCAGAGCCCACAGAGGUGACCAACAAGCUCCCACAGAGAGCAGUCCAGCCCAGUCAAGUCUCUAAAGGUCACUGUGCCAGGAUGACAGGGUUGCCCUCUUACAUCGCUGCGGUGGGAGUCUGCAUCCUACUGGUGAUCAGAGCUGAAGGUAUUCAAACUGGUCAGAAUCCAGACCACAUGCUCCAUGGCACCGGACACAAGCAUGAGUCCAGGAAGCCCGGAGACGGCCCCACGGUGGCCCCAGAAGACGGCGCCCGCUUUCUGAGCUGCUACUGCUCCGGCCACUGUCCAGAGGACCACAAAAAUAACACCUGCGAGACGAAUGGCCAGUGUUUUGCCAUCAUAGAGGAGGAUGAUCAUGGAGAAGCCAUUCUGACCUCUGGCUGCAUGAAGUAUGAAGGCUCACAUUUUCAAUGCAAGGAUUCGCCCAGGGCUCAGACAAGGCGAACGAUCGAAUGCUGUGAUACAGACUUCUGUAAUCGGGACCUGCAGCCCACAUUACCUCCCCCAAUGGACACUGGUUCCUACUUUGGCAGUGCCCAUUGGCUGGCUUUCCUUAUAUCAAUGACUGUGUGCUGCUGCACUCUCAUCUGCAUCACGGUAGUCUGUUACUACAGAUACAAGUGGCAGACGGCGAGGCAGCGGUACCACCGGGACCUGGAGCAGGAUGAGGCCUUCAUCCCUGUGGGAGAAUCUCUCAAAGACCUCAUCAACCAGUCCCAGUCCUCUAGCAGUGGCUCUGGGCUCCCCCUGCUGGUGCAGCGUACCAUUGCCAAGCAGAUCCAGAUGGUACGUCAGAUCGGCAAGGGGCGCUACGGCGAGGUGUGGCUGGGCCGCUGGCGGGGAGAGAAGGUGGCCGUCAAGGUGUUUUUCACCCGGGAGGAGGCCAGUUGGUUCAGAGAGACUGAGAUUUACCAAACUGUCCUCAUGAGGCACGAGAACAUACUGGGUUUCAUAGCAGCAGACAUCAAGGGUACUGGGGCCUUCACACAGCUCUUACUCAUCACAGACUACCAUGAGAACGGCUCCCUGUAUGACUACCUGAAGUUCACCACGCUGGACACCCAGAGCCUGCUGCGGCUGGCCUACUCUGCUGCCUGCGCCCUGUGCCACCUCCACACGGAGAUCUACGGCACCCAGGGCAAGCCGGCCAUCGCCCACCGAGACCUCAAGAGCAAGAACAUCCUGAUGAAGAAGAAUGGAACCUGCUGCAUCGCUGACCUGGGCCUGGCUGUCAAGUUCAACAGUGAUACCAAAGAGGUGGACGCCCCACUGAGUACACGGGUGGGGACCCGGAGGUACAUGGCCCCCGAGGUGUUGGAUGAGACCCUGAACAAGAACCACUUCCAGGCCUACAUCAUGGCUGAUAUAUACAGCUACGGCCUCAUCAUCUGGGAGAUGGCCCGCCGCUGUGUAACAGGAGGGAUAGUGGAGGACCACCAGCUGCCCUACUACGAGAUGGUGCCGGCAGAUCCGUCUUUUGAGGACAUGCUGGAGGUGGUGUGUGUUAAAGGGCUGCGGCCCACCGUGUCCAACAGAUGGAACGGUGACGAGUGUCUGAGAGCCAUGCUGAAGCUGAUGUCUGAGUGCUGGGCCCACAACCCCGCCUCGCGCCUCACCAUCUUACGAGUCAAGAAGACCUUGGCCAAAAUGGUGGAAUCGCAGGACAUCAAAAUUUGAUCCUUUCUCCCCUACAUACUCCACACAGCCUGACCGAGAGCCAGAACUCCCCAGUGUGUCCUAAUGCUGAAUGUGUCACUUCUGUUCAGAUGGCAGGGGAGGAGGAACAGGGUAUGGGAGAAAACGGGGCCUUGGGCAUAGCGCCUCGACCUCCAUGAAUCUCUAUCACCACAACUGACAGAUGUUGCUGCCAGAGGCUCUUCCCCCUAUUCCCUCCCUGGCCAGAGGAGUUCUUGGUCAACGUGCUGCAAUUAAUGCUUUCUGUGAAAGUCAAAACAUGACAUUGUGUGUGUGGAGGGGGACGGCAUAUUCCUGCUCAAAUGUUGAUGGACAGAAAGGAAUAUGAUGGAGGAACCUUAAAGCCUCACUUCAAACCAAGACACUGUCCUCGCAAGCGUCACCACCCGCCAAUACUGUUCAAUUUUUGCCUGUAAACAUUUUAUGCCAAAAAUAAUAUUUUCAGGACAGUCUUCUCCUGCCAUAUUGAAACAUAUAUCUCUCGACUCUUAAGUAGAGUAAUUACGAAAUAAGGUACUAUAAUUAUAUGUGAAUUUAAUAUGUAAAUAUAUUGUCGAUAGAUGCCGUGCCUACUCAAAAAAAAAAAAAGAACAAUAUGCUGCAAUGGUAUUCACGUCCAGUGGGCUUCAAACCGGACCUACUUCAAGAGCUACGAGCAAUCCAAACAACCAAGGACAUUGUAAGAGGGGGUACCUGACUUGCCUUAAAUCAACUAGUCACUGUGCUUCCUACAAUAAACCUCAACUCAGUAACUUCUCAAAAAAUCUAUGUUCUGACACAAAAAAAGCAGUCUGGUACAAAAUAUUUAACGCUAAAUUGUAAUGAAAUGACAUUUGUGAAUAGGGAGUUUGUGUCCCAUCCUGUCUCUAUGCUUACGCCUUCUUCAUAUGUGUUCCCUUGUGUAUGUUCUCUAUGUCUUCUGGGAGGAAAGUUUAGAACACUAAAAUGGCAUUAUAUUUUGGCCCUCGUGUUCUACGGCCAUGAAACUCAUGAAGCCAAUACAAAGGUGUGCAGCUCAGAGGGCACACAUCAAUUGGGCCUUUCUAAAAAUGAUUAAUCUGACAUUUCUGCUGUCCCAAUUCCCCAUUGAUUCUUGUCCACAUCAAUAGAUACAGUUGAAGUCGGAAGUUUACAUACACUUAGGUUGGAGUCAUUAAAACUCGAUUUUCAACCACUCAAC